AUGAUGAUGCAAACUGGUAAUUUUGACCAGUUUACUUAUGCUGGCAAAUUCAAGAUCAACAAAAUGUAUAAAUACUUGCAUGAUAUUGGAGGGCAUGUGGCCUGGAAGAGAAUCAUCUGUAAUAGUAAAGCUACCCCUAAACCUGCUUUCAUUGUAUGGUUGGCAUUGCAUAAAAGACUACCUACUAAAGAUAGGUUGAGAGGGUGGGGGAUAAACAUUUCUGGGAUCUGUGAGUUAUGUCAGGCUGCUGAUGAGAGCCUUGACCACUUAUUUUUCGAUUGCACUUUCUCCAAGGAGGUUUGGAGUGGUGUUCUUCAGCAUAUGGAGGCCAGUAGGUCAGUAAUACAGUGGGAGUUGGAGGUGCAGUGGUGUUCAAUCAAGAGCAGAAGCACUAAAGCAGCUGAUAUCAGGAGAAGCAUUGCCUUUGCUGAAACUGUCUAUGCUUUGUGGCUGCAGAGGAAUGCCAAGAUUUUCAAUAACAAAAUUGAACCUAUUGAUUGUAUUGUUAGGAGAAUUUUAUUCAUAGUGGCCUAUAGAUGUGAGUAG